AUGCGCUCGAAUCUGUUCCUCGCUGCUCUGGCAGCUGGGGCCGCCCACGCCUAUGAGAAGCGUGUCUACGUAACCGACUGGACCACUGUCACUAUUACCAAGACCGUCACUGCGUCCGCCGUCACCGAGACCGUCACCCCUGCUCAGCAAGUCCAGAUUGCCAACACCAUUUUCACCACCUCUACUGAGGCACCUGCUGUGGCGGAGACCAAGUUGACAUCCGAUCUUGCCAAGAAGUCCACUGAGGCUGUCCCUGUUAACGAGCCUGCCCCCACCGAGGCCGCUCAGGUUCAGCAGGAGCCCACCUCUUGGUUCUCUACCGCCUGGACCUCCACCUUCGAAGCUGCUUCAUCGACUGAGCAGGCCCCGGCCCCGGCUUCGACCUCCUCGACCACCCAGGCCGCCGCCUCUACCUCGACCGCCUCUCUCUCUAACCUGCCCGGAAAUCUGACCCCGGAGUACAAGGCGGACGUUCUUCACAACCACAAUGUCCACCGCAGCAACCACUCGGCUGGUGCGCUCGACUGGCAUGACAAUCUGUAUAUCGCCGCCUGGAACCUGGCAGAUCGAUGCGUCUACGAGCAUAACACUAAACUGAAUGAGACCACCGCCGGCAAGUACGGCCAAAACAUCGGCUAUGGUGUCGCAUCCACGGUUGUUGGUGAGAUGAUUAGCAAUCUGAUGUACAACGACGAGAUUGGUUAUUACCCCGGCUACGGUGAAGCCGACCCCUCCAUGGACCUCUUUGAUAAGUGGGGACAUUUCUCUCAGAUCGUGUGGAAGGGCACUACUCACGUCGCCUGCGCCACAAAGGUUUGCGAGAACCUUGCAAACGCUGGUGGCACAAACGUUCCCUUCACUGUCUGCAACUACGGGCCCCCAGGUAACUACGAGAAUGAAUAUGGUGCCAACGUCCUUGCGCCUAGCGGCGAGGCCACCUACACUGCCUAA